GACAAACAUUCCCGUCAUUACGAAAACGUACGUUUCUUUUAAGUUUAAUGGUCAAUCCUGACAUUUGUUCGGAAAAAAGUUUUAAAAUUAAGUGAAUAACUACUCAAGACAUGUCAAGCCGCAAGAACGUACUUAAAUAUAUAAGCGGACCCCAUUGUUUUCUUAUAAGUUAGCCCUAUGGGGCUAACUUCAGAAAUAUCUGCAAAAUCUCGGAAUUAAUGUAUAAUUUCAAUAAUCCAAGAGACCCCGUGCUUUCUAACGUAUUAAUUCCUGUUAACGUGAUAUCAUAGCACAAGUAAAAUGAAAAAGUGGUUAUCUUGUAAAAUCUUCUUACAUUUUAAAAGUUGUCGUCUCAAAAUCUACACUCUCUUAAGUAAUACAAUAUCGUAUCAUAUACUGGAUACUUGUCAUCAAAUGGAUGCGUUAGAGAUCAUCGCUAUAGUUGUUAAACAAUGUAGUUCAACUAUCCUCAAACUUAUUAAAUCUAGUGCCGAUUUGUUUAGCCUCCCUCCCAUCAAAUUUCCUCAACCGAUAUUAAUCUUCAAUUAAAGUCAACCAUCCCCAAACCAACAGGAUCUCUGCAAAUCAUGUGGUUGAAUUUAUGUAGUACUGUUUAUUCGUAUACCUAAGUGUAACAAUUUCUUUUGACGUAUACCCCUUCAUUUUCCAUUUUUUUAUUUGACUUGUAGUACCGUACUUACUGCCAAAACUAUUUGUACAAAAUCGAAAAUAAACGUCUUUACUGAACUUGCGAAUUUUUGCUUAGCAUGUCUUUAGCUAGAAAGUGGUGGGAUAAAAAUGAAUCAACUACCAAAAGGUAUUCAUCUGCCGAUAUACAGCCUAUUGGUGAAUAUUUACAAGAGAAAUUUUCUCAUGGAGUCGACUAUAAUAUGAAAAUUGUUAUACGCGGUGAUCGUAAUGUUGGAAAGUCAGCUUUACUUUCGCGCUUGAAGGGUGAACAGUUUAAAGAAGAAUACAUCCCAUCCAAUGAGAUUCAAUUGGCUAACAUUCAUUGGAAUCAUCAGAAUUCCCAAAGUGUAAUUAAAGUAGAAGUUUGGGAUGUUGUUGAUAAAGGUAAACCUAGGAGUAGCGCUUCGAAAGGCUUGAAGUUUUUCAAUAAACUAACAAAAGGCCAACCUGUUAUCAAUAUUGGUGGACAGGCUGGAAAUAUUGAACCAUGUCUAGAUGCAAGUUUUAUUAAUGUCUACAAAGGUGCACAUGGUGUUAUCUUAAUGAUGGAUAUGACAAAAUCAUCGACAUUUGAAUAUGUAUGUCAUGAACUUGUACAAAUUCCUCCAAAACUGCCCAUAUUAAUUGUGUCAAAUUUCCAUGAUAUACAAGAACAACGUAAAAUCACUGAAGAACAAGUUCAAAUGUUCCUCAAUGAUUCUAUUAUGCAAUCAAAUCAGUAUAAUGUUACAUCUGAUGAAAAAUUCAAUGAAUUAUCAAGAAAUAUUUAUGUACAAAAGAGUUCAUCAUCAAAUCCGAUUCGCUCUAUCCCCGUACAAUAUUGUGAAUCUUCAAUGAAAACCGGUUUAGGUUUGAUGUAUGUGUAUAAGUUCCUGAAUAUACCAUUUUUAUGUCUACAACGUGAUGUACUACAAUAUCAAUUGAAACGUAAUUAUGAUGAAAUGAUUCAUGUUUUAUAUGAGUUAAGUCCAAAAACUGAUAAUCAGACACCAGAACAACGUUUUAGUUAUAUCGAUUCUGAUCAGAAGAGAACAACUGAUGAAUCGUCAUCAUCACGAACGUGUUCUUCUUCUUUUUCUGUGAUAAAAGAGAAUGUUGUAAACUUUCCAAUUAAAUUAACUGAAUCAAAUAGGACAACAGUAAUCUCUUUCAACCCAUCCAAUAUGAAUAAUGAAAAUAAUUUUGAUGAUAAUCAGACUAAUGUUCAUAUGAAAAGAGAUGAAUACAAGACUAAUGAAAUCAAUGAACAGUUGAAACAGAAUCCAAUGGUGAUAGCAUUCAGUGAAGAAAUUGAUCCUGCUGAUAAUGAAAUAUAUUAUCUUAAUAACAAUACUAUUAGUAUUACUAAUAAUAAUCAUUCAGAAUCACCUACGGGAUCGUAUGCAACGUUUACUCCGAGUAGUGAUAAUGACAAUAAUGUUUUUAAUAUUAAUGAUGAUAAUUUACAUUUCGAAAAUAAUAAAAAAUUAUCCCAUGAAAUAAUGGAUGAAUUACAGUUGAAGUUACGCUUAGAACAAUGUCACUCUCAUGGGAAAAAAGUUAAUUUGGAUCAUUCAAAUCAGUUCAAUAGUUCCGAAUUAAAAAUUGUAGAUGGCACGAUGAAAAGUUCUGGACAACUGAGAAAAUCUGAGUCUAGACAAAAUAAGAACACAGACGAACAGGAAAGUGUACUUCGUACGAACUUAAAAAACGAUAAAGAUUUGUCAAUAUCUAAUGAAAAUAUAAUUAUACUACCUACAGAUGAUGAUGCCCUGGAAAAAUUUCUUGAAGAUAGCUAAUAAAAACAAAACUCCAAAUCGUCUUUCUUUUGUGCUCCUUUAAGUGGAACCCUAACUUUCAUCCUUAAUCUUUUGUACAAAGAAAUUAAAUAUACCUUUCCUAUUCUCA